AUGGUCGCAGAAACUUAUAAAACUAAUGAAAAAGCUUCGUCUUCAACUCAAGCAACAAAAAAAUUAAAAAAAUCUGAAGACUCUUCUUCACCCUUGUCUCCAAAUAAUAAUGACAAUAAUAUGAUUAUAGACGACAAAAAUGAAAUAGAACACCCAAUUUCUUCUGAACCUGACGUCUCGUCACGUGACGUAUCUACAAAUGAUUCGCAAAUACCAAUCAUUAAUAGCCAAGAUGCAAUGGACACAGAUCUACCAGAAAACAAUUCAGAUAAAGGAAUUACACAAGGAUCUACAGAUACACAAAUUACAUCUAAUACAAACAAUGAUGUAAAUUCAUAUAACUUAGAUAUUUUUAAGGAAUAUACACUACUUGGAAAAAAGUAG